GACUCGACCGAACGCGCAGUACGAAGUUGUCGUUCGGUUUCCGUGCGUCGUGUCUAAAAGGUCGUCGAGCGUCCGCUUUCGAGGCCUUCACUCUGCAUUUGGUCUUUGGUUUUACAAUCGUUGGCGCGCUCCCGAUAACAUUGGCGAGAUGGCGAGGAUCGCAGCAAGCGAUGGCAAAGCGACGACGGCCGAGGCGCCGGGCGAACUCCCGGACUAGCACCUGCUACAUGCCUCUCUGCGCAGUUGGCCAGCCCCGCCGCUACCUGCAGCUGAGGGCCCUUUGCAGCUCGAGCAAGCGCGGCGUCGCGGCUCCCUUUCCCGGAUGCGACCACACGGCCUCCCCAUACAAGGGAGCCAGCUACGAGACGGUACUCGAGUCCCGCGAGAGCCUGGUGACCCCGCGGCAGAGGCCCUUCUACAGCCGGCCACUGCUGCUGCACGAGGGUCGCGCGCAGUGGCUGUGGGACCACGAGGGCCGCCGCUACCUCGACAUGUUCGCUGGCAUCGCCACCGUCUCCGUGGGCCACUGCCAUCCGAAGGUGGUGGCGGCCAUGUCGGAGCAGGCGCGCCGGCUGGGCCACACCACGGCCAUCUACCUGCACCCGCGCUACCACGAGUAUGCGGCCAAGCUGACGGCGACGCUGCCCGCGGGCCUGAGCUGCGUCUACCUGACGAACAGCGGCAGCGAGGCCACCGAGCUGGCCAUCCACCUGGCGAGGGUGCACACGGGCAGGCACGAGGUGGUCUCGCUGCGCAACUGCUACCACGGCGGCACCGCCGUGGCCAACGCCACCACGGCCAUGGCCUGCUACAAGUACCCGGUGCCGUCGCCCGCCGGCCACCUGCACGUCACCAACCCGGAUGUCUACGCGGGCGCCUGGGGCGGCGCCCACUGCCGCGACAGCCCGGUGCAGACGAGCCGCAGCUGCGAGUGCGUCGCGGGCCAGUGCCAGGCCGGCGACAACUACGUGCGCGAGUUCCGCGAGCUCUACGAGUGCAGUCUGGCCGCCGACGGCAAGAUCGCCGCUUUCACCGCCGAGAGCAUUCAGGGUGUGGGUGGCACGGUGCAGUUCCCCCGCAACUACCUCGCCCGGGUCUACGAGCUGGUGCGCGAGCGCGGCGGCCUCUGCAUCGCCGAUGAGGUGCAGACCGGGUUCGCGCGCACCGGCGAGCACUUCUGGGGCUUCCAGGGCCACGGCGUCCAGCCGGACAUCGUGGUGAUGGCCAAAGGUAUCGGCAACGGCUUCCCACUCGGCGCGGUGGUCACGCGGCCACGGGUCGCCCAGGCGCUGGCCAAGGCCUCCUACUUCAACACCUUCGGCGGCAAUCCGGUCGCCUGCGCCGUCGGCUCGGCCGUCCUCGACAUCAUCGACGAGGAGAAUUUGCGGCAAAACGCGCUCACCGUCGGCACGCACCUGCUCAACAAUCUGGCGUCGCUGAUGAAGGACUUCCCGGCGCUCGUGGGUGACGUCAGGGGUAAGGGGCUGAUGAUCGGAGUCGAGCUUGUCGUCGAUCCCGAGACGAAAGAGCCGCUACCGGCCGCGGCCGUAGCGCAGAUUUUCGAGGACGUCAAGGAUGCGGGAGUUCUGAUUGGCAAGGGCGGGGUAAGAGGAAACGUAUUUCGUAUGAAACCUCCGUUGUGCGUGACCAAAGAAGAUGCAGACUAUACCGUCGAAGCUUUGAGAUCAGCUUUGAAAAAGUACGAAUCCACCAGGAAAUAAGACUCAAUUCAGCUUCAAAACUUGCGUUGCCAAUGAUGUCAAAGUAAAAACAAAACCAUUGAUUGUCCUUUUUAAAAAUUUAUUGCCACACAAUCAAUAAACGUAU